AUGGAUAAUGCCUCUGUAGUAACAUUUUUUAGGCUUUCAGGAUUAAAUUACAGAAUGCAACAUAGAAUAAUUCUCUUUGUUCUCACUUUACUGUGUUACUCAGUUAUUUGGAUAGUAAAUGUUGUUGUGAUUAUAACCAUCAGUGUGGACCAAAAACUUCACGAGCCUAUGUAUAUUUUCCUGUGCAAUCUGUGUAUCAAUGGACUUUAUGGGACAGCAGGCUUUUACCCCAAAUUCCUCAUGGAUCUUCUUUCUACCACUCAUGUCAUCUCUUAUGCUGGAUGUCUCCUACAGAGUUUUGUGAUAUACUCUUCAAUUGGAAGUGACUUAUCAAUUCUAGCUGUUAUGGCCUAUGACAGAUAUGUGGCUAUAUGUCAUCCACUAAUGUACCACUCUGUGAUGACUACACAAAGAAUAUCUCUCUUAGUUGCCUUCUCUUGGCUUUUACCUCUUUUAUGCAUGUUCACUAACACAAUGACAAUUUUCCAGUCAAAGUUAUGCAGCUCACACAUACCUAAACUUUACUGUUCAAACAUACUCAUUGAUAAACUAGCUUGCGCUGCCUCCAUAGCAAAUACAAGCAUUGCAUAUGUCAACAUUACUAUUUAUCUUGUCCAUUUUUUCUUUCUUUUGUGGUCUUAUAUAUGCCUGGUUAGAACAUGUCUAACAUCCCAACAGGGCAGGAAGAAGUUUAUGCAAACAUGCAUUCCACAUUUAGUCUCUUUAUUCAGUUUUGCCUUUGCUGUGCUUUUUGAUUUAAUGUACACUCGAUUUGGUUCGAAAAUGUCAUCACAGGGCCUUCGGAAUUUCAUGGCAAUAAAAAUGUUUUUAAUUCCUCCAGUUUUGAAUCCUCUGGUAUAUGGAUUAACACUGACCAAAAUUCGCAGUAGAGUUCUUGGUUUUAUUCAAGAAAGGAAAGAAAAUGUUGAGACAAAGUAAU